AUCAGUCUGUCCGCUGCGCAUAGUCGAAACGGAAGGAAAAUCGCUUUAAUUCUCUGUGAUCUGUGUUUGCGUGUUGAACUCGAGUUUUCAGUUCGUUGUUAUCUGUUCAAUUUCAUUUGGAUGUGCAAUUGCCGACGCUAAAAAUAUAUACGUAACGCGUGCAAGAAAUUGAGAGUAUUGCCCGACGCUCAACUAAAUUACAAAAAAGAAAUUUUAUUUCAUAUAUAAACGCCACGUUCUCGCGUUCUAACAAACUCCCCAAUAAAAAACACACUCAAGCAGCACAUUACAUAUACUCGACCACGCUGUAUAAUUAGUUACUAGCCGUUGAUAUUUCCAAUACGCCGCAUAGCAACAAUAACCAUAUCAAACAUUUCGAUAAUCUGAUGUGACACAAGUUUUUGCAUCGAAAUAGCCGUGUGUGUGUGUGUGUGUGUGUUUGGUUCCCAUUCGCCGCCAAUCAAACCAAUCGCAUUGAGAGUGUAAUCCGGGAAAAGUUAUACACACCUAAACCUGCGCCUUUUCAAUGUAGCCCUUCAUGGAUAAUUAACACGUGAGCGUUGUGUGACUAUAUAGCAAAAUCGUGUUAAAAUCGUGUUCGCAGUGGCUGAAUUUAGCAGCGAUCCAACGAAUAGUGUCAUCUCGAACCCAGACACCCCCCACACCCCCUGCGAAUUUCUCUUAUUUGUCGGCGCGGAAUUUGCCUGAGUCACGAGCCAUUUCAAUUUUCCGAUAUCUGUAUCUGAAUCGUAACAGAUCACAUGAGUGUCGGGCAGGCGGUUGACAUGGGUGAGGACCCAGUAAACAGAGCUCCACGCGAGAUACUCACUGAACUUCAAGCUUCUUCAAAUGGGUUGACUUGUGAUAUUGCUGCUUCCUGGACCCGGGAAACAAAAGGGAUACAAAUUGAACCUCAAAAGACAUAGCCAAGCUGCAAUAAAACCAUCGCCAAACCACCGCCGCCAUUUAAAGUCAAUAGUUAGCACGAAUAUAACCACCUAGAAACCGUUGGAAUCUCUGCUUGAAAGCAGCGCACCACCCAUGAACCAAUCGGCCAAGGCGCUCAACAGCGUGGCCACCGAGAUCAGCACCUCCUGCUCCUCCAGCACCUUCACCAACCAUCCACAGAACCACCUGCACACUGGCCACCUGAUUGCCCAUCGUCUUGGACACUCCUACGCCGCUCGUGCCGAUCACAAUUAUCUGGGAUAAGUUCUGCAAUUGGAAUCUGACUGGUGAAACACGUUUCUCGAGAGGAUUUUCCAUUUUUGCAUCGUAGCAGCUUCACGACGGCCGGCACAAUGUUAAAAGUCGUUGGUGCAUCGUGGCAAAAAACGCGGAUAGGGACCUACAUCCUAAUCGGUGCUGGUCUCUUGGUCAUCGGAGCCUUCUUCAUUGGAUAUAUGGAGAGGCCGGAGUACGAUGGCACCUACUGUGCCACCGCUCUGUGGACCAAGCAGGUGGGCUUCCAGAUUGAAAACUGGAAGCAGCAGAAUGAUCUGGUCAACAUUCCCACGGGUGUUGGCAGGAUUUGUUAUAAGGAUUCGGUUUAUGAGAAUGGUUGGGCCCAAAUCGAAGUGGAGACGCAAAGAACUUAUCCGGAUUGGGUGCAGGCCUAUGCCGCCGGAAUGCUGGAGGGCUCGCUGACCUGGAGGAACAUCUACAAUCAGUGGUCCAAUACCAUUUCCUCUUCUUGCGAGCGCGAUGAAAGCACCCAGAAAUUCUGCGGUUGGCUCAGGGACCUUUUGACCACCAACUACCAUCGCCUGAAGAGGCAGACUGAAAAGGCUGAGAAUGAUCACUACUGGCAUCAGCUGCAUCUGUUCAUCACCCAGCUGGAGGGCCUGGAAACUGGCUACAAGCGAGGAGCAUCCCGGGCACGAUCCGACUUGGAGGAGGAGAUACCAUUUUCCGAUUUUCUGCUGAUGAACGCCGCUGCCGAUAUUCAGGAUCUCAAGAUCUAUUACGAGAACUAUGAGCUGCAGAAUAGUACGGAACAUACCGAGGAACCCGGAACGGAUCAGCCAAAGAACUUCUUUCUGCCGAGUGCCACCAUGCUGACGAAGAUCGUCCAGGAGGAGGAGUCGCCGCAGGUACUACAGUUGCUCUUUGGUCACAGCACGGCUGGAAGUUACUCCUCCAUGUUGAGAAUCCAGAAGCGGUACAAGUUUCACUAUCACUUCUCGUCGAAACUGCGGAGUAACACGGUGCCCGGUGUGGAUAUCACUUUCACUGGUUAUCCUGGCAUUCUCGGAUCCACCGAUGACUUCUACACCAUCAAGGGUCGUCAUCUGCAUGCAAUCGUAGGAGGAGUGGGCAUCAAGAACGAGAAUCUGCAGCUGUGGAAGACGGUGGAUCCGAAGAAGAUGGUGCCCUUGGUGGCUCGUGUAAUGGCCGCCAAUCGGAUAUCCCAGAAUCGUCAGACUUGGGCCAGUGCCAUGUCCAGACAUCCAUUUACGGGAGCCAAGCAGUGGAUCACCGUUGAUCUGAACAAGAUGAAGGUGCAGGAUAAUCUGUACAAUGUCCUUGAAGGCGAUGACAAGCAUGACGAUGCUCCAGUAGUGCUGAACGAAAAGGAUAGGACAGCCAUCCAGCAGAGGCACGAUCAGCUAAGGGAUAUGGUUUGGAUUGCCGAGCAGCUGCCGGGCAUGAUGACCAAAAAGGAUGUUACUCAGGGAUUCCUGGUGCCCGGCAACACGUCCUGGCUGGCCAAUGGAGUGCCGUAUUUCAAAAAUGUCCUGGAGCUAAGCGGCGUCAACUACAGCGAGGAUCAACAGCUGACGGUGGCCGAUGAGGAGGAGCUGACCAGUCUGGCGUCGGUGGAUAAGUAUUUGCGGACUCAUGGAUUCCGUGGUGAUCUGCUGGGCAGCCAGGAGUCGAUUGCCUAUGGCAACAUAGAUCUGAAAUUGUUCUCCUACAAUGCCCGACUGGGCAUCAGCGAUUUCCAUGCCUUUGCGGGUCCAGUCUUUCUGAGAUUCCAACAUACUCAGCCCAGGACUCUGGAGGAUGAGGGCCAGGAUGGUGGUGUUCCACCCGCCGCAUCCAUGGGCGACGAACGGCUCAGCGUGAGCAUCGAGGAUGCAGAUAGUCUGGCGGAAAUGGAACUCAUCACGGAACGGCGAUCUGUGCGAAAUGAUAUGAGAGCCAUUGCCAUGCGAAAGAUUGGCAGCGGACCCUUCAAGUGGUCAGAGAUGAGUCCCGUGGAGGAGGGCGGUGGCCAUGAGGGGCAUCCUGAUGAGUGGAACUUUGACAAGGUCUCGCCGAAGUGGGCGUGGUAGGCGCUGAGGAGCAGGUUUCUUCUUUUAACCCGUAGAACCCAAUCGAAUUUGUACCCAAAACCCACCUCCAUCCAUUUUGAAAACUGGAAAGCAAUAAUUGUCCUAGAUUUGGUAAUUAGUGUCCUGUCUUGUCUCGUAUAAUUUGUGUGUUCCUAGUUGGUACAUAUCUUACGUCCAUAGUCUUCUAGUGUCUACUGUACUUAUGUAUGUAUGCGUGUCCAAUCGAUUAUUGUCUUCCAGCUGUACAGCUUUUUAUUUUCCGUAGGUCUUUUGUAAAUUAGCAACGAAAUUGGAAAUAUAUUUUUUAGCAACAAAUUUUUGUACUUUAGUAACUAUUAACAAAUUGUAAAGAAAAUAAAAACAAAAUCAUGAAAAAC